AUGGAGGAAGAAAAGUCCAAAACGAAGAAAAAAGGUGCCACUCACCGCAAAUCCUUAUCCUGUGAAUAUUGCAGUCGAUCGUUCGCUCGCUUAGAGCAUCUCCAACGCCAUCUCCGCACACAUACCAAGGAGAAACCCUUCUCAUGUGACAUCUGCUCCAAAUCCUUCGCCCGGAGUGAUCUUCUAGUGCGACAUGAACGACUAGUGCACCCUGCCGAGAGCGCUGCCAGUCGAGAGCAUCGAGCCCAGAAUGAUUCCGAACCCAAACAUGAAAUCCCCAUCCAGUCCAACCUCAUCCACCCGCCCCACCAUGAAUCGCGCAUGCUAGAACUUGCGGACGCUAUUCCAGUACACACCCAAAUACCUCCUCCGCCUGCACCCGAAGUUGUCCACACUCCAUCCAUUAUUGAUACACCCCAUUUCAAUCCCUCAUGGGGCUAUGAUUUGAAUCUGUUAUCCCACGCCGCAAGUCAUGUCGCCCUAGAAGGUCAACAGGAGAGCUUAGAGUCUAUGAGAAAACCCUCCCACACCGCUGCCCCGAUUUCACAAUCCAUCCCCCAAGUCCCGGAAAGAGCUAUUGCCGAUAACUAUGGUGUAGAGCCUUCAAUUCUGGACCUUGCAGAUCUUGGGGACCCUGUUCAGGAUUUCACAGUCUUUCUGGAGAGUGUGGGCUUGUCGUCAGAUUGGGACUCUGGCGUGUUCUCGUCGGUCGAGGAACCCAUGCUACCACCUGGUAUGGGAAUAGACGCAAAGUCAACUCGUGACACAUUACCUGCGCGGCUGGGCGGGGAUCUGAUGAACGAGUCACGGCCCACUGAUGACCAGCCCUCUUUCUCGAACUUUGGAUCCCGGCUUCCGUCAUUACAGCCGGAAUCCCACGAAAUGGACGAUCGCAUCGGCCUUGCCGAUGACAGCACGCGACCAGCGUGGGAUAUUUCCAAUUCAGAACGUCAGGCGUUCAUCAUGAAACUGGAAGAGUUUUCAUAUGUUCUCCCCAAAGGAUUCGUUCCACCCUCACGUCAUGCCCUAUCUAGGUUUUUUGCUGGGUAUAUCAAUGGGCUGAAUGAGCAUCUACCAUUUAUACAUGUCCCGACGCUUUCUGUGGCGAAGUGCUCUCCUGAGCUCACGUUAGCUUUGGCAGCUGCAGGCUCGCACUACCGGUUUGAAAACAGCCGGGGUAUUGACCUUUUCCAUGCUGCCAAAUCAAUUCUACUAGAGCGUCUUCGUCGAAGAGACAGCAAGCAAGUUCCACAGCCCUCAUGGAACUAUAUUUCCCCGCCUUCUGGCUUUCACAACUCUCGCGGUUCAUCGAUGAUGUCUAACACGGCAAGCAGUCCAUACCAGCAUCAUCAGCAAAUGGCCAAUGCCCCUAUGAGCGCAUCAAUAUAUACCUUGGACGACUCUGAUGCUCACAUGGAAGUGAUUCGGACGUUUUUGCUACUGACCGUGUUUGCCUCAUGGGAACGACACCCUGAGCUGUUGCGAGAGAUCCUCUCGCUCCAGAGCACCUUGGCAAGACUCGUACGUGAGCAUGGCUUGUCUGAACCACCUCCCACCCCAGACCCUAUUUCAUGGGAAGAGUGGGUACGGCGAGAGGGUAACAGACGUACCAAGCUUAUUGUGUACUGCUUCUUCAACCUCCAUUCGAUCAUGUAUAACAUUCCUCCACUAAUCCUGAACGGGGAGUUGAAGUUGAACAUGCCGUCCUCUCAUGAUCUUUGGAAAUCAAGCAAUGCCAUCCAAUGGCGUCGCGUGAAUCGCACUCGCCAGGGUUCAGACGUGCCCUUCCAAGAAGCAUUUGCUAGACUGUUCUUAAAGUCCUCGGUGUCUCUCCCUUCAGCACCGAUUUCCCCACUUGGGAAUUAUAUUCUUAUUCACGCAAUUAUACAACAAAUCUUUUUCGCCCGACAGCUCUGCCUAUCUGCCCCCCACAUGCAAGGCACUAGCUUAAGGCACGAGGACUUGAAUGUGCUUGACAAUUCAUUGAAUGCAUGGAAGGCCCUGUGGAAACGCACGCCCGAAUCCAGUAUUGACCCCCAGAACCCUGCGGGUCCAAUCGCAUUCACCUCCACAGCUCUACUGGGGCUCGCUUAUAUCAGGCUGCAUGUUGAUCUAGGCCCUUGCCGCCACCUGAUCACACAAGAUCCGGUCCAGAUCGCGACAGCUUUGACCGAGUCGCCUCCAAUUGCACGCAGCCCGCGGCUGAUAAUGGCACUACUCCACUCAGCCCACGCUCUUUCCAUCCCGGUACGGCUGGGAAUUGAUUUCGUGGCCAGAACACAUUCGUUCUUUUGGAGCAUUCAGCAUUCACUAUGCAGUUUGGAAUGUGCUUUCCUUCUCAGCCGCUGGUUGCUCUCCAUCCCUGCAACGCAAUCCGAACAGAGAUUGUCGGAGCAUGAGCGUAAAUUGCUUUUGUGGAUUAAGAGCAUGAUGGACGAAACUGAAAUGGCUGUGGAUCCGCCAGGUGCGCCUGAUAUGGAUUUCAUGGCAAACCCCUACAAGGUGCGCCAACUGAGUGUUGCUAUUGUUCGUGUUUGGGCACGGACUUUCAAGGGCAAUACCAGUUGGGCGAUUGUGGACUUGGUCGGUUCUAGCUUGGAUGCUUAUGCGGACCUCCUGGAAUGCUGA